AGAAGGUGAGCUCCUGCAGGUGGUGGGAGUAGGAUUCACUCCUCUGUCUCUCUCUCGCUUGGGGAAAUAGGAUGGUAGCUCUGGUCUCUGGAAUCAGCCCGGUCAAUCCGACCGGCAGCUCUUGCCUCCUGUGCUCCGCCUGCCGCUUUCUGCUCAUUAAACCCAAACAGACUGAGUGUGGACACCGAUACUGCACCGCCUGCCUGGAGAACCUGUUCAAGACACAGAAUGAGGCAGAUUGCUAUGUUUGUCAGCAGAAGGUCCUUCGUUCCAAGGUCUAUCAUGAUAGAGCCGCUGAAAAUGAUGCUUAUGCCACAAAGAUUCAGUGCACGGCUUAUCGAGAGGGUUGUGAUUGGACAGGAACACUGCGCAACUACCUGCGCACACACCGGGCCCAGUGCGAUUUCCACGUGGUCCCUUGUUCCAACGUCACGUUCGGCUGUGAGGCGAUUGGCCCCAGGAAGAAAAUGGCGGCGCACGAGACCCAGGAGUGUGAGUGGCGAAUGGAGCUGUGCCCCCAGUGCGAGACCUUCUGCAUCCACAAGUUGCUGGAGGAUCACAUCACGUCCUGUGCCAAGCAGAAGGAGGAUUGCCCAGCCUGUGGCCAGGCGAACUUAACAAAGAUGGACCUGGAAAAACAUCGUAACCCUCAGCAUGGCACAUGCCCUGACGUCCAGGUGUCCUGCCCCUUUAAAGAGAUCGGCUGUCUGGAGAAGCUUCGGAGGCGCGACCUGGACGAGCACCUACGAGCGGCCCAGCAGACCCACCUUCUGCAGAUGCUGAGCCUCGCCAGCGGCCUGCGGGGCCGGGAGCUGGCCGCGGGUGGGGAGACAGAGACGGAGACGGCCGGGACACAGGGCAGGCCGGCGGCGGCGGCGGCGGCGAAGACGGACGGCCUGGAGAGGUCGGUGCGCGGCCUCCGCCAGGAGCUGGACGAGUGCGGGCAGGCGAUCGAGGCGCUGCAGCAGAAGUGCCGGCACUACGAGCGGGUCAUCCUCGGCCUGCAGGGGGAGCAGGAGGUCCCGGGCGGGCGGCCCUCCCUCGCCGCUGGCAGCACCGGCGGGGUGCUGGUCUGGAAGGUGACCCAGUUCGCCUCGCGUCUGCUGGCGGCCAAGUCGGAGCGGCGACUCUCCUUCUACUCACCCGCCUUCGCCAGCCACCCCUUCGGCUACCAGCUCUGCUGCCGCAUGUACCCCAACGGCGACGGCAGCGGGAAGGGCACCCACGUCUCCCUCUUCCUGGCCGUGGUGCGGGGCGAGUACGACGGGGUCCUCCCCUGGCCCUUCAAGCAGAAGGUGACCUUCCUGCUGCUGGACCAGGCGCAGCAGAGGCACGUCAGGGAGUCCUUCUCGCCCGACGUGCUGAGCAGCUCCUUCCAGCGGCCCAGGAGCCACAUGAACGUUGCCAGCGGCUGCCCUACCUUCGCCCGGCAUGACCUGCUCCUCAGGCCCCACAGCCCCUACCUGAAGAACGACACCCUCUACAUCAAGGUCCUGAUCGACCCGGCCGGCCUCCCACAGUGAAUGCGGGCAAG